AUGGCCAAUGAAAAAUGGGGAAAUCAAACAGUCAUUGCUGAAUUAAACCUCCUGGGAUUUGGGAAUGUACAGCACCUGCAGAUUCCUUUUUUCUUCCUCUUUUUGCUGAUCUACAUCUGCACUAUGGCUGGGAACAUCCUAAUUGUUGUCCUAGUUGUUUCUGAACAGCAGCUUCAUACCCCCAUGUACUUCUUCUUGGGUAACUUGUCCUGCUUGGAUAGUUUCACAGUUUGCACCAUCCUUCCCAAGAUGCUAGCAGGCUGCCUGACUGGGCACAGCACCAUUUCUGUCUGGGGUUGUAUCACCCAGUUUUAUUUUUUUGCCUCGUUAGCUGCUGUACAAUGUUAUCUCUUAGCAAUGAUGUCAUAUGAUCGGUAUCUAGCCAUUUGCAAACCUCUGCAUUACGCCUCUCUUAUGAACAGUAAGCUAUGCUUCCGUCUGGCAGCUGGUUCGUGGAUCAAUGGAUUCAUAGGGAUGUCAAUAUACAUAUUACUGAUGUCGCAGUUAAUAUUCUGUGGGCCCAAGGACAUUGAUCAUUUCUUCUGUGACAUAACUCCAGUAAUGAAACUUUCUUGUGGUGAAACUAAGGCUGUAGAACUUGUGACCACAGUAUUUUCAUCCAUGUUCACCUUUCCACCAUUUACAUUAACCAUGACAUCCUACCUAUUCAUCAUCAGGAACAUCAUGCGCAUUCCAUCCAACACUGGGAAGAAAAGGGCUUUCUCCACUUGUUCUUCUCAUCUUACUGUAGUUUCCAUUUUCUAUGGAACGUUAGUAAUAGUUUAUGUGCUUCCAAGGACUGAGAGGCUGCGAGCAUUAAACAAAGUUUUCUCUGUUUUUUACACACUUCUGACUCCUCUUUUAAAUCCACUGAUAUAUAGCCUACGAAACCGAGAGAUGAAGGAGGCUAUGAGAAAAUUUCUGAAGAAAUGUACCUAG